CAAACCAAAACGAAAAACCCUAGGAGAGAGAAAGACAGAGGAGAAUGCAUUUGGCUAACAACUAAAACAGUCAUGACUUCACUCGCUAGAUUACGCGCUUUAGCUUUGCUUCAUUCAUACUCUCUUCACAAAUAUAACUCUUUUAGUUCUUCUCUACUCCCAUCAAAUAGAAGGUCAGUAAAUUCUAUUAAAACACAGAGGAUUCUAAGAGCAACUAUUACUGCUGCGGCAAAGAAAGCAAAAGAAACUAAAAAGGGUUUAGAUGUAAAAGAUGAGUGUCAUAUUAUCUGGUGGAAAGAGAAGAUGCAAAUGUUUAGGAAACCUUCCACCAUUCAGUUGGUGACGAGGCUCGUAUACUCAAAUCUACUAGGUGUUGAUGCCACCCUGAGAAAUGGAAGUUUGAAAGAAGGAACACUUAACUGGGAGAUAUUGCAAUUCAAAUCGAGGUUUCCUCGUGAAGUUUUACUUUGUAGAGUUGGGGAUUUUUAUGAAGCUAUUGGAAGCGCUUGCGUUCUAGUUGAGCAUGCUGGUUUGAAUCCUUUUGGUGGUGUCCGUGCAGAUAGUAUUCCAAGAGCUGGCUGCCCUGUAGUGAACUUACGGCAGACUUUGGAUGACUUGACAAGCUGUGGGUACUCAGUUUGCAUUGUUGAAGAGGUCCAGGGUCCCACUCAAGCCCGCUCUCGUAAAGGUCGCUUUAUAUCCGGGCAUGCACAUCCAGGUAGCCCUUAUGUAUUUGGUCUUGCUGGAGUUGUUCACGAUGUUGAUUUUCCUGAGCCAAUGCCUGUUGUUGGGGUAUCUCGUUCAGCAAAGGGUUAUUGCAUAGUUUCAGUUCUGGAGACCAUGAAGACAUUUUCAUUGGAAGAUGGCUUGACAGAAGAAGCUAUAGUAGCCAAGCUUCAUAUUUAUCGGUACCAUCACUUGUAUUUGCAUACAACAUUAAGAAAUAAUUCUUCAGGCACUUCUUGUUGGGGGGAAUUUGGCGAAGGAGGGCUUUUGUGGGGCGAAUGUAACGGAAGACAAUUCGAAUGGUUUGAUGGUAACCCUGUCACCGAAGUUUUGUGCAAGGUUAGGGAGGUUUAUGGUCUUGAUGAUGAGGUGGAACUUCGAAAUGUUACCGUGACUUCUGAGAAAAGGCCUCGUCCAUUACACCUUGGAACAGCUACACAAAUUGGUGCCAUACCAACAGAGGGAAUACCAAGUUUGCUAAAGGUGUUGCUUCCAUCAAAUUGUGGUGGCCUUCCCGUUCUGUAUCUUAGGGAUCUACUUCUCAACCCUCCACCAUAUGCAAUUGCAUCAGCAAUCCAAGAGGCAUGCAGGCUUAUGAGCACUGUUACAUGCUCGAUUCCUGAGUUUACGUGUGUAUCAGCUGCAAAGCUUGUGAAACUGCUCGAAUCGAGGGAAGCAAAUCAUAUUGAGUUCUGCAGAAUCAAAAAUGUAGUGGAUGAUAUUUUGCAGAUGCACAAAAACUCUGAGCUUGAUGUUAUCCUCAAAUUGUUAUUGGAUCCGACGUGGGUUGCAACUGGUUUAAAAAUUGAACUCCAGACCUUGGUGAGUGAAUGCGAAUGCGUUUCUAGAAGUAUUGCUGACGUUAUCUCUAUGGAUGGUGAGAAGGAUCAAAUAAUAAGUUCUUUUCCUGUCAUACCUAGUGAUUUCUUUGAGGCUAUGGAGUCUUCUUGGAAAGGUCGUGUGAAGAGGAUCCAUGCAGAAGAAGUAUUUGCUGAAGUAGAGACAGCAGCUGAGGCCUUGUCUGAAGCUGUGUCAGAGGAUUUCGUUCCAAUUAUAUCGAGAAUAAAAGCUACCACAGCCCCUCUUGGUGGUCCAAAAGGUGAAAUAAUGUUUGCCAGAGAGCAUGAUGCAGUUUGGUUCAAGGGUAAACGUUUUGCGCCUGCUGUAUGGGGGGGUACCUCUGGGGAAGAACAAAUCAAACAGCUUAGACCUGCUACAGAUUCAAAAGGGAAAAAGGUGGGGGAGGAAUGGUUUACUACCCAAAAAGUCGAGGAUGCGCUAAAUAGGUACCACGAGGCAGGUGCUAACGCAAAAGUUAGGGUCUUGGAAUUGCUGAAGGAACUCUCUACAGAGUUGCAAACUAAAAUAAAUGUUGUUGUUUUCAAUUCCAUGCUGCUUGUCAUCUCAAAGGCACUUUUCUCUCAUGUGAGUGAAGGGAGAAGAAGGAAAUGGAUUUUUCCAUCCUUAGUCGAGUUCAUGAAACCAAAGGAUAAAAGCUCGACAGAUGGAGUGAAUAUGAUGAGGAUAUCAGGCUUGUCACCUUACUGGUUUGAUGUUGCGCAUGGCUGUGCAGUACAAAAUACUGUGGAUAUGCAAUCCUUGUUUAUUCUGACUGGACCAAAUGGUGGUGGUAAGUCAAGUUUGCUGCGUUCAAUCUGUACAGUUUCAUUGCUUGGAAUAUGUGGUUUGAUGGUGCCUGCUGAGUUCGCGUUGAUUCCGCAUUUUGAUUCGAUAAUGCUUCACAUAAAAUCAUAUGAUAGUCCUGCUGAUGGGAAAAGUUCAUUUCAGAUUGAAAUGUCUGAGAUUCGUUCUAUCAUCACCGGAGCCACCUCGAGAAGCCUUGUUCUCGUGGAUGAAAUUUGUAGGGGAACUGAAACGGCAAAAGGGACCUGUAUUGCUGGCAGCACCAUUGAAACUCUCGAUAACAUUGGUUGCCUUGGUAUCAUCUCCACCCACUUGCAUGGUAUUUUCAGUUUACCAUUGAAAACAAAUAAUACUGUUUACAAAGCAAUGGGCACUGAGAUUGUCAAUGGACAUCCAAAACCGACAUGGAAACUGAUAGAUGGGAUUUGUAGAGAGAGCCUUGCUUUUGAAACAGCUCAAGAGGAAGGGAUUCCUGAAGCAGUAAUUCAGAGAGCCGGUGAGUUAUACCUUUCGCUCAGUGGAAAGGGUUUGAGUUUACAGAAAAAUGACAUGGAGGUAGAUAAUAGGAGCUCUGAUUCUGUCGAAGGUGAAACUCUUAACCCCAUGGAAAUCCUGCUAAAAGAAGUUGCAGCUGCUAUGACAGUAAGCUGUCAGAAGAAGUUGGCUGAGCUCCACAAGCAAAGGAGUCUAGCCGAACCUGCAGAAGUGAUGUGUAUUACGACUGCUAGAGAACAACCGCCUCCAGCGGUGAUAGGUUCUUCGUGUGUCUAUGUGCUGUUCAGGCCUGAUAAGAAGUUGUACAUUGGGGAGACGGAUAACCUUGAAGGCCGAAUUCGUGCACAUCGCUCAAAAGAAGGUAUGCAAAAUGUGCCAUUCCUCUACAUUGUAGUCCCUGGCAAGAGUGUUGCUAGCUUGCUUGAAACCAAUCUCAUCAAUCAGCUCCCUAAUCAUGGCUUCCGGCUCUCAAAUGUGGCCGAUGGUAAGCUUCGCAACUUCGGUACAUCAAAUAUUCUGGACAACUUUAACUGUGCGUCGGUAAGUCAGUUGCAUUGACUUCA